AUGUUAAUAGUUAUAUUUUUUACAAAAUUUGUAAAGAUGAACCUUGUGCAAAGUGCUUUACAAGAACAAAAUAAUGAUAAAACAAAUAGCAUAGAAACUAAACAAGAUUCUCAAGAAAAUCAGAUUUAUCAAAUAUUAAGAUUUCCAAACAAAUUUAAUCUGUGGAAAAAAAGGAGAUUUAAUAGAAAUAGCGAACCUGUCUGUAGACCUGUGUGUGAGCCACGAUUUAGAUUUCGAAAUCGACACGAAUUUGAUAUUAGAUCUGAAAGUGAUUCUGGCAGUAGGACUGAAUGUAGACCUAUUUGUAGACCUAGAUGUAGGCCUGAGUGUAGACCCAGAUUUAAAUUUAAUCAUCCUAGGCGCAGAAAAAAUCAUUGGAGACCACGAUGUAGACCUAUUUGUGAACAAGAUUCGGAAUCUCAUAGCAGUUCUAUAUCAUAUAGUAGAGAUUCUAGUUCUAGCGAAGUUAGUAAUUUCAUUGACUGCAGAGAAAGAGAACCUGUAUGUCGACCCGUAUGUGAAGAACAAUUUCGCAUAAUGAGUUAUGAUCAAAAACAUCGAAGAAAGCUAGCUCCUGUGUGUAAACCAAUUUGUAGACCUAAAUCGACACACCGUUCUCACAAACAUAUAAAGCGAAGAUGGGAAGCUAAACACAGACCAAAGUGGGAACAGGUCUGUAAACCAGUGUGUAAACCAAAAAGGGACAUUGUAUAUAAACCCCAAAAAUAUAAUUACAGACCAAAGAAUAGGUUAUAUGUUCCUGAAUGUAAGCCGGUCUGUGUUAAUGAAUCUAAUAGACAUCACGAAUCAUAUUCUACUAGCAGAGAUAGCGAAAGCGAAUACUCCAGUAGUGAAUAUCAUAACAAGUAUUAUGAACCUAUAUGUGAUCCUUUAAAUGGACAAUAUAGAAUAAUGAAUGAAGAUAAUAUUCUUACAAGGUCUAAUAUUCAAUAUAUAUAA